AUGCCGCCCCCAAACUUCCAUGAGCAUAUUCAGGUGGAUACGAGUGAUGAGGACUCACUCUACGAUGCCGAAUCCAUAGCGGAUUCCAACAUGUCAUUUGCGUCGUCUGUGCGAGAUUACUACUACGAAAAUGGUCGUCGGUACCAUGCCUACCGCUACGGCCAGUAUCCCAUCCCCAACGACGAGGAGGAGCAAGAUCGCCUCGCCAUCACACACCACCUCUUCAAGCUCCUCAUUGGAGGCGACCUGUAUCGAACGCCUCUCCUACAGCAGGGCUCCCCGAAGCGAAUCCUCGACAUUGGCACGGGAACCGGGAUCUGGGCGCUGGAGGUCGCCGAGGAAUUCCCAGAGGCCGAGAUCAUCGGCACUGACCUGAGUCCCAUUCAGCCAAACUUCUCGCCGCCCAAUUGCACAUUCAUCAUCGACGACGCAGAGAGCGAUUGGGCAUUUACGAAAGAUGAAGCCUUUGAUUUUAUUCACUCCCGAUCAAUGGGCGGUGGCAUUGCCGACUGGCAACGUCUACUUCAGCAGGCGUAUAACCACCUCAAACCAGGUGGCUGGAUCGAGUUCCAAGAGUACGAAGCAACCAUACACUCGGACGACGGCACACAUGUAAAGGCACCAAUGCUGUUAGAUCUAGCAGCGACACUAGACGAAGCGAGUCAAAAAUUCGGGAAGCGCGUGAACGUCGCGCCCUCGCUUUCCGAGUGGCUGGAGGCGGCUGGAUUCACAAAUGUCACAGUCGACAUCUACAAAUGUCCGGUAGGCUCAUGGGCCAAGAGCCCGCGGCUGAAAGAGAUCGGUCGCGUCGGCAGGAUAUCGUUGACCGAGGCUAUCGAGCCAUAUUCCCUAGCUCUCUUCACCCGGGUGCUUGGCUGGUCCUUUGAGCGGGCGCAAGACUACGUCAACAAAUGUCGCCAGGAAGCGAUGAACUCCUCGUGCCAUAUAUAUGUGCUGUUUUACUACGUUUAUGCUCAACGACCCGUGAACGACUCAUGA